UUGCAACGAGCGAUAGAAAUGAAGCUGCUGAUUUUUGCCUGUCUGCUGGGUCUGGCCCUCGGCCACGAGGUCUACACCUACUACACCCCAUCGUACGGGUACUACCCGUCGACCUAUGCCCGGGCUGCGGGUGUCCUGCCGCUGGCCUAUUCCCGCCUGGUGGCUCCGGCCGCCGGCGCUGCCGAAUCGCAUCUGUACCACAGCGUGGCGACUCCCAACUCCUUCCAGCAGCAGUACCGCAGCGACUACAAGCCCCUGACCUAUGAGUAUCACCUCUAUUGAAGAGCGGGAGCGAGAGCG